ACACUCUGCGAGGCACAACCCAACUCGCCGUACUUACCGAGUCCUGACUCAGCAUCUCGACUCCGAUCGCCGUGAUGGCCAAGGAGUUCUCCGUUCCGCCGGUGGUCUUCCCCUCGUCGGCCGGGAAUCCCAACGUCCCCCACCAGCGUCGCGCGCCGGGGACGGCCCCGCAGCCCUUCCAGCCGCCUCGCCCCUCGAACCCCGGCCCCGCCAACCCUCCCCUCCCCUUCAUGUCCUUCGACAUCGGAUCCGCCCCGGCCUCCUCCUCCUUCUCCGCCCCCGUCUUCUCCUCUGCCUCCGUCCCCGGCUCCUUCGAGGACGAGCCGCCCCUCCUCGAGGAGCUCGGCAUCAACACCCGCCAGAUCUGGCGCAAGACCGUCUCGAUCCUGAACCCCUUUCGCGUGAGCCCUAGUCUCCACGAGGACGCCGACCUCUCCGGACCCUUCCUCUUCCUCAUGGCAUUCGGGCUCUUCCAGCUUCUCGCCGGAAAGUUCCACUUCGGGAUCAUCUUGGGUUGGGUCACCGUCGCCACCCUCUUUCUCUACGUGGUCUUCAAUAUGCUCGCGGGACGCAACGGGAACUUGGAUCUGUACCUGUGCUUGAGCCUGAUUGGGUACUGUAUGCUGCCGAUGGUGAUCUUCUCGGCUCUGUCCCUUCUUGUGCCCCACGACGGCGUUGUGAUCUUUCUGUUGGCGGCGGUGUUUGUGCUGUGGUCAACGAGAGUGUGCACGGGGUUUCUGGUGGAGUUGGCAUCGUGCGGAGAUGAGCACCGUGGUCUCAUCGCCUACGCUUGUUGGCUCGUGUACAUGCUUUUCUCGCUGCUCAUUAUAUUCUGAUUCUUGCACUUACUAUGAUGUGUAGCUCUUCUUUCCUACUUCACAUGGAUAAUAAGCUCAUUUUGGGUUCUCGUCCUCCUCUUCCAGAAUCUGGGCUCAAGAAAUGACACUUUCAAAGAUCAUUUGCAGCAAUUACCAAGAUAAGUGGUGGAAGAGUGGCAGAUUCCAUGUACAAAGGUGCGCAUACCGGAUGAAUACGUAACGUUGUGGCUCUAUGUGCCAGGACUUAAGAGGAUUCCUCAUGUUGAAUUGCAAAUGCAAAUACAUGUCAAGCACGUCUUUUGGAGUUUAUGUCCUAUAACCAUUUGUUGAGUUGACCACUAGAUAGUCAAUUCAUUAGUGAGGGGCAGGACUUGUUAUCUUAAUCUUGUAUUUGUGGUGGAAGGAAAAUUGUGCUUUUCUUUUCUUUUA